AUGAAGACAGAGACUCACAAUCUCCUACAUAUUAUUCCACUACUGAUCUCGCUCCUAUCUCUGUUCAUCAAUAGCGUCUCAUCAGCAAGAAAACCUCCAGAUCUGUGUAACAGAGUCUGCGGAGGAAUAACGAUUCCAUUCCCGUUCGGUAUCGGUGGGAAAGAUUGCUAUCUAAACCCGUGGUACGAGGUUGUAUGUAACAACAACUCUGUUCCGUUUCUCACACGGAUCAACAGAGAAUUGGUCAACAUCUCUCUUCCCAGCGAUAACGUGUACUAUUAUUACGGAGUUGUUCACAUCAAAGGUCCCUUAACUUCCUCCGGAUGUUCUACUCAGCCCCUAACACCGCCGCCUUUGAACGUUGCCGGCCAAGGCAGCCCCUUUUUCCUCACGGACAAGAACCAACUAGUGGCGGUUGGUUGCAACGCCAGGGCCGUUAUGACCGAUAUCAAAUCGCAGAUCAUUGGUUGCGAGUCGAGCUGUGACAAGAGAAACAGUAGCAGCCAAGAGGUAAGAAACAAAAUCUGCCAGACGAGGAUACCGGAAGGGCAGCCACAAGUAAUCGGUGUGACUUUAGAGAGCCCUGAAGGUACGAACACAACAGAGAGAGAAUGCAGAGUUGCGUUUUUGACGAGUGAGAACUAUUCACAGUCAAAUGUUACAGAGCCAGAAGAGUUUCACGGUGAUGGAUACGCCGUGGUGGAGCUUGGAUGGUACUUUGAUACUUCGGAUUCUCGCGUUCCAAACCCUAAAGGUUGUAAAAACGUGUCAGACACGUCACAAGAUGGCAUGUACUCGGUCGAGACUAGUUGCAUUUGUUCGUACGGAUACUUCUCUGGACUCAGCUAUAGAAAUUGCUAUUGUAACUCCAUGGGUUACGCAGGGAAUCCUUUCCUUCCAGGUGGUUGUGCAGAUAUCGAUGAAUGUAAACUAGAGGAAGGACGCAGAAAGUGUAAAGGCCAAAGUUGUGUGAAUAGGCCUGGUUGGUUUGAGUGCGAGCACAAGAAACCAGAGCAUCUCAAGCCGGUUGUUCAAGGUGCUCUUAUAGGUUCGGCAUUGUUGCUUUUCGCCUUUGGAAUUUUCGGGUUGUACAAGUUUGUCAAGAAGCGGAGGAGGAUUAACCGAAUGAGAAAGUUCUUCAGACGAAAUGGAGGAUUGUUGUUGAAACAACAGUUAACAAGAAGAGAAGGCAAUGUAGAGAUGUCAAGGAUAUUUAGCUCGAGCGAGUUAGGAAAAGCUACUGAUAACUUCAACAAGAACAGGGUUCUUGGGCAAGGAGGUCAAGGAACUGUAUACAAAGGAAUGUUGGUUGAUGGUAGAAUCGUUGCUGUGAAAAAGUCGAAAGUUGUGGAUGAAGACAGGGUAGAAGAGUUCAUCAACGAAGUUGUUGUUCUCGCGCAGAUCAACCACAGAAACAUUGUGAAACUUUUGGGUUGCUGUCUCGAGACAGAAGUUCCGGUCUUGGUUUAUGAGUUUGUUCCGAAUGGAGACUUGUGCAAGCGUCUUCAUGAUGAUGAAUCUGAUGAUUACACAAUGACAUGGGAGGUGCGUCUUCACAUCGCUGUUGAGAUUGCAGGAGCACUCUCUUACUUGCACUCCGCUGCAUCUUUCCCAAUCUACCACAGAGACAUCAAGACUACUAAUAUACUAUUAGAUGAAAAGUACAGAGUCAAGGUGUCUGAUUUUGGAACUUCGAGAUCGGUGACGAUAGAUCAAACUCACUUGACAACUCAAGUUGCGGGUACUUUUGGGUACGUGGAUCCAGAGUACUUUCAAUCAAGUAAGUUUACGGACAAAAGUGACGUGUACAGUUUUGGAGUUGUUCUCGUGGAGCUCUUAACCGGAGAAAAGCCAUCAUCCCGUGCCCGGUCAGAAGAAAACAGGGGAUUUGCAGCUCAUUUUGUUGAGACCGUGAAAGAGAACAGAGUUCUUGACAUUGUUGAUGUUCGGAUCAAAGAUGAAUGCAACCUCGACCAAGUGAUGGCAGUGGCAAAACUAGCUACAAGAUGUUUAAACCGGAAAGGGAAGAAGAGGCCUAACAUGAGAGAGGUUUCGAUUGAGCUGGAGAGGAUUCGUUCAUCACCGUAUGAUCCAGAGAUUCAUAUUGAGGACGACGAUGACGAAGAGGAGGAUCAAGCCAUGGAACUCAACAUUGAUGAGACUUGGGAUUUUGGUAUGACUGCUUCAACCUCUAUGUUUAAUAAUCAUGCAUCCCCUACGUCUGAUGUUGAGCCUCUGGUUCCUCUAAGAACAUGGUGA